GCAAAGGUGAGAGUGCAGCAGAUCCUUCCCUGACAUGGCAACUAAAAUCAUUUAUUUUACUGUGAAUGGAAGACCAGAACAAGCUGAGUUUCCCAUCGACUGUCCUGCACAAGAUGUUAAAGAUCUUUUCCGAGCUGCAGCUGAGGCCGGACCUCAUGACAUCUUAAAACUGUACAAUACUAAAGGCAAUAUCAUUAAUAUUUCCCCUCAGCUGGCCUCCAACAGCCCUCACUCCUACUAUAAGCUGGAGGUAGUCGCUGCAGACUGCAACAGUGAGCUGUUAGGCUCCGAGCUGGCAGUUGCUUUGGGAUUUGACCUCACUUCUAUGGAGAAAAGGUUACAGAGUCUGGAGAAAAGAAUCUUGACAGAAGCAGCGGAGACUCCUGCUAUUGUGUAUGAGAUGAAGAGACAGGUGGAGUCUUUCAGAGAGAAACUGGAGAGCGUGGAGCACCUGAGCUGGCUGGGUUUGUUUAAGGACAUGUCAGAAGGAACCCACAAACCCUCUCCUUUUUACCACAAAAGAACGUUGCGGAAAACCCGGGAGGAGUGUGAGCAUGUCAGAGAAAAGUUUCUCCAAAUGAGUUCUCUGGAAGUUUCAGAAGAGGUGAGACAGUAUCUUAAAACACCAACUUUUGAUAACUGGCAAUGGGAGGACGCGGAGAUAAUGGUGUUGCUCCAGGUGAUGUACACAGAUCUGGACUUCAUCUCCACGUUCAACAUCGAGCCGGAUGUGCUGCAGCAGUUUCUUUAUGAAGUGUACAGACGCUACAACAACAUCCCCUUCCACAACUUCAAGCAUUGCUUCUGCGUCACCCAGAUGAUGUAUGGGCUCAUAUGGCUAACAGAUCUCAGAAGCAAGAUUGACAGCAUUGAUCUCCUCAUCAUGUUGACCUCGGCUGUCUGUCACGAUUUAGAUCACACUGGAUACAACAACGCCUACCAGAUUAAUGCACGAACUGAACUUGCUCUAAGAUACAAUGACAUCUCCCCACUGGAAAAUCACCACUGCGCUGUAGCCUUUGAAAUCCUGGAAAAGACUGAAAGCAACAUUUUCCGAAACUUGCCGACAGAGCAAUACAAAAGAAUAAGAGAGGGCAUAAUUAAGUGUAUUCUUGCUACUGAUAUGUCCAGACAUACAGACAUCCUCAACAAGUUUAAAGCCAUUUUACCUGUGUUUGACUUUGGCAACAAGGAUCACAGAGAUGUGUUGAUGAUGAUCAUGAUUAAAGUCAGUGAUAUCUCCAACGAGGCCAGACCCAUGGAUGUGGCCGAGCCGUGGCUGGACUGUCUGCUGCAAGAGUUCUUCAACCAGAGUGAUAUGGAGAAGUUGGAGGGCCUUCCUGUCACCCCAUUUAUGGAUCGAGACAAAGUGACCAAACCUUCUUCUCAGACGGGAUUCAUCCGCUUCGUUCUCUUCCCUCUCUUCAUCGAACUGGCCAAUCUGUUUCCCUGUCUGGAGCAACACAUUAUCGAUCCAGUGCGGAAAGCCCUGGAUUAUUACACAGAGAUGGAGAAAGCGCUUGAGAGAGAGAAGCAAAACCGAGCUCUGAACGAGACGACGGUCAAAACCAGCACCUCUAAAGAGCCUGAUGCUAAUCUAGAAGCGAAACCUGCCAGCCUGUAAUCAGACUCAAACUGUGUCACGUCUGUUACUGUCAAACUGAAAGCUGUUUCAGAGUUGUGGUUUAGGAAGGUAAAUGUGUUUAGCAUUUUUGACCUCAGAAAAUAUACUGUAGGCUAAUAUAUUUAGAAGAGAGUUUAGGUGAAGAGUGAAUAUUGAAAAGGCUUAACCUACAUGUUUGCUUUUGCUAAUUUAAUGUAACAUAUAGUUAUUACUUAUCAGCAUGAGUUAUUUUGUUAGAAAUAUAUUGUUUUGGUGACACAUUACGGAAUAAAAUUGCUUAAUAAAAUAAGUAAAUGGCUGAGAAAUAGUUUUUUUGCGAAGAUAUAUGCUGAAUAUGCUUAGUCAGUCCAUAAGAUGGCGCUAUUUAAAGCUAUGAUUACUUGUUCGUCAGAUGAGGACAAAAGUUGUGGGAAGAGAGCUGAAAAAUCAGACUCAAGUACUACUUGCCAUAAAAUGUUAUACAAGUAGAGAAAACAUAUAUUUUCUAAUAAAUAUUACUCAAAGCCUAUGCUGUAAAAUUUAUUCCACCUUAUACCCUGUCAAUUAAAAAUGUAGCUUUAAUCGGUGCUAUUAUUUAUAAUAGUUAUUUAAACUGUUAAAUGAAUAAUUUACUUUUAUUGGAUUGUACAUUUAAAAUGUGACAUUAAUUUAAUGUAAAAGCGCAUUAUAUGCCUAUGCAUAUGGGAGCUGUCAGUGUGGCAAUACCUUUUCAAAGGAUUCCUAAAGUGUCUUAUCGGUAUGUCAAAAUAGGGCUGGGGGAUACUGACCAAAAUGUAUAUCUCUAUAGACAGAUAUUUUAUUUAAAUCUCUAUAUUUUUGGGAUGAAAGGUGAUAUACAAUAGGCUAUCUGUAUUUUUUAUGAAAUUGAAUAAUUUUUAUUAAUAUGAAUAUUUUUUUAAGUUUAUAUUCAUCAUUAGAGGAUUUUGGUUUCAUAUUUUGAGAUCUUCAACACCCCUGCUACAUAUUUUUCUUUGUCAUUUAAUUUUUGUUAAUUUUCGUUAUGUUAUUUGUUUAUAUAUUUUCUAUUACUAUUAUUAAUGAGGAUGGAAAGAUUGUGAAUGUAUUGAUUCUUAUCUCAGUCUUUUGUGUAAUUCUAAAAAGUAUUAAUGCCUUCCUUUUACUGUUCAAGCAUUGAUAAUCAAAAAAUAAAUAAAAAACUAUGGCCAUUUAGUUUAUUCAAUUC